CACCGUUGGAUUCGCCAGGAAAAUCCCUUUCUGUAAUGGUGCUGGACGAAGCAAUACUAUUUCCUAUUUCCUUGAAAACUUUAGAGUAUUGUUUCAAAAUCGCAUAAUUAAUAUCCAAAAAAUUCAAAAAAACCAACGUGAGUUUGCAAUUGCUGGAACUUUCUUAGUUUUGCAAACUUCACAAUUUUUCAGACACCGUUGGAUUUGUGAGGAAAAUCUCUUUCCGUAGUGGUGCUGGAUGAAGGAAUAGUGUUUUCUAUGAAAAACAUCGCAAAAAUCAAAUCUAUUUUAGCGUAAAAAUUCAAGGUCAUUUUUGAGGUCAAUAAUGCUGUAACUCCUUCAUUUUUUCGAAUUUCGAUCAAUUUCCAGCAUUCCGCAGUGUUGAAGCCAGUUCAACAAACCUAUCCUUAUGCUAACAUAAGUACACACAUAUGUAAUAGAAUUACAUACCUUACUGAUUUACAUUGAAAUAAAUCUUUGAAAUUGUUUUAAGUAUCUUUAUAUUCAUUAUUUCCCGCGGAUUUGCUUUUAUUGGUCAACUUGGCAACCCUUUUAUCUAUUCUGUAUGCAAAAAGGCCAAAAGCUUUCACUCAAACGGAUAAAGAGCGGCCAUGUUGACCAAAUUUCCAAUUCGCCUUUUCCUAAAUCUUGGCACUUUUAACUUUCUAGCACCGCCAUUAAAUCACUUGUGCAGCAUCAUCUCAAGAAGGCGGUAAGGGCUUGCUGAAAUGUAAUAAACUGUAACGGUGAAAUCUAAUCUGUUGCCUUUUAUUUCAACUGUUCUCUUUUUCAUUUCUUACAAUUUGGGAGCUUCAAUAAAACAUACAGUCCACUUACAGCUACUUGCUAUCCAAAUUGUACAUGGUCCUUUCGAACCGUCCGAGGAACUGAAAGAAGUUGUGCAGACGAAAAUAAUCUUGGAUCACGUUCACUGUUUUAAGUUGCAUAUCAGCUAUUCUAAUUCUUAGUCAUGGAGAAAAGAUGUUGUUAAAAGCAAUCGUCCAGUCUUGUUACCAUGCGGUCACAAUUUGUGUGAAAAUUGUGUGUACCACAAUCGGCAAAAUUUAAUGUGUAAUAUUUGCCUAAAACCCGUCCCAUUGCCAUCUAUAAAAGUAUCACCACAUUUUCAAAUACGAGAUUAUUUCCACCUGAACAAGUAUCUACUUGGAGAAUUAAACAGUCUUCGAUAUUAUAAUAAGGAGGGCUCGGCAAAUAGUACACUACUGGCGACUAACCAAACUAGCCUAUUUAGUUGUAACAGCAACCUUGGUGGAUCUUUAACGGCCCAACUGCCGUUAAAAUGUAAGAAAUGUGAGUUUACAUCGGCUGUCGGCAAAUGCCGUCAAUGCAACGCAUCAUUUUGUAAAGCCUGUUUCGAAAGCGUCCACAAAGCGAAUAAGAUACUUAAAAUGCAUAAGCUGCAACGUCUGGAUAUGUCAAAUAAAUCCGCGGAUAUUGAACCUCGUUUCUGUCGCCGUCAUAAGCAAACAAAUGAUCGUUUCUGCUCAAAAUGUAACCUUACUUGUUGCUCUGAAUGCGCUCAAAAUGAUCACCAAUUUCAUGGUUGUCAACACCUAAUGGAAGUUAACAAAUCAUAUUUGGAUAGCAUCAAUACCACUUUGCAAAAUGCCCGAUCAUCACGCGAGUGCAUAAAGAAAGCAUUAAAGGAUGUAAAGUCGGUGGAAAGAAAACUUGAAGAAUAUGCCACGAAGACCACUGAAAACGUUGCCGAUUAUUUUCUUCAACUCCACAGCCUUCUGCAAAAUGAGGAAAAACGAAUUAUGGACAAAUUCAAUGAAAAGUGUCAACAGCCCCUGCUUCAGCUGAAGACAGCAUAUUCAAGAUUACACGAGUCUCAAGAAGUCAUCAAUGCAAUGUAUGCGAAUUUGGAAUCGUAUCAGUUCCAACUGCCGUCAAACAUUAAUAUUGGAAGGGUACUAUUGAAGUACAAUGACCAGUUGGACCACAUCCCUUGUCAAGUGAAUAUCUUAAAGCCUCCUUCAAAUCCGUUCAUCUUUGAGGGAAAGAAAGGUGCUUUUGAAGACCUGCACAAGUACAUUAUACACAACUUCGAUGAUUCUAUGCUAUGUGUACAGAUCCGGAGUAUAAGUGAUGACUCAAAUAUGUCAAUUUUGGAUGCAUCCAGUUCACGAUCUUCGACUAAUUUUCGUUGCGAUAAUUCAAUGAUGACAAACAUCACUCCAAAUUUAAAAAAACAAAAGGACCAGCAGCUCUCUUUGCAAGAGCCGAAACAAAUUAAACAGAAGACGAUAAACAAUUCUCGUAGCACCAGUUCUGAUUUUGAAGAAAUUAUGUCUAUCAGGGUUUCGUCAGAUCCAACUGAUGAUGGCUCGUGUAAAUCUGCGGACAACAGGUUCCGCGUGGCUUACGUAAAAACGCCCGAAUACUUUUUCAUUUGCAAACCGGGAGAUUUAGCCAAUAUUCGAAAAUUGUCGGAUGAGUAUCUGGACCAUCGUCUUGGUUCGAUUCAAAAUAUUACCGUUGGCCAAUACUAUAUGGCUUACAAUGAGAGAGAUAAGAUAUGGUACCGCAGCGUGUUAAAAAAGAUUCUUUCCAAUGAGCUAUACAAAGUAUUCCUUUUGGAUUUGGGAAACUUUUUAGAAGUAUCAAGCGACAAACUCAGUGAUCUUCGGGAAGGUCAUUUGAAUAUACCAUUUGCUGCCUUGCGUUGUGCAAUUGCGGAUAUAGUGCCAAAUGGCAAACGUUGGUCGGAGGCCGCCAAGAGUUUACUAAUUGAACUCGUUCAAAACGACUAUGUUCGGGUGAGUCUAAUCGAAAAAUUAGGAGAAUCGUAUAAAGUUGAUCUGGAAACGUCUGUAACAAAAUCAGUGCGGGACUCUUUUUUAUACACAGGCCUGGCUCGAGAGGGGCCAGGCUCAAAGAAUUUUAAAAUGCGUAUGAUGAAAUAUUCUGCAACGGCUAAAUCUGAUGAUCAAAUUCCAAAAAAUUUUUUCCGUGCGGGGGAAGUACUUAUGGUCAAUAUGUUGAAUGCUUUAGGACCACAGGAGUUUUAUGUUAUAAAGGAAGAUUCGGUCCAUGACAAGGCAAGUCUUGUUCAUGAUUUAAAUGUUUUCUACGGCCCACAAAUAAACAAUCAUCAACAAAUCUACUUGCCUUUAAUGCAAAUGUGUUGCGUCGUUUUUCUCAACGAAACAUGGCAUCGCGCCGCAAUUGAAGAGAUUAAGGAUGAGGGAUCCAUAAAAGUUCGCUUAGUCGACGAAGGUCAGCGAUUUGAUAUAAACUGGAGGCAGGCCUUUGUCCUAACCGAGGAGUUUCGCAAGAAACGAGAGUUUGCCAUUCGAUGCACACUGGUCGAUAUUGAACCCAUGCAGGAGAAUUCUUAUUCCUUCUCAGCAGCAGCUAUUGAAGACUUCAAGCAGAUGGCUGCAAAUCCCUGUUUAAGAAUGGAAAUUCAGUACAUAAAAGAGAGCGAAAUUGGAGUUGUAUUGUAUGUUGGUAAACGAAACUUGGAUAUUAAUAUUGGGGCAGCAUUAGUAAGGAAUAAACACGGCAUCUCAACAGGAGAAACAACUCAAGCAAUCGACUAUUUCAAGAAUUUUAGUACUCAGAAUCCUCCUCAAAAUUUAGAUUACGAAUCUAAAUGGCAUCAUCGCUCUAUGUCAACCAAUUCAAAACAGUCUCAAGAAUAUGACAGGAUAUUGGUAAAACGUUCUUCUAUUAUCGUGACCCAUAUUGUGCAUCCUGGUGAAUUUUAUAUUCAGUUAUCUGAUUUCACCAAAGGCACAAAUGAAUUUCAUUCUAAAAUUCAAGAGAGUCAGAACCAGAAAUUCAGCUUUAUGAAUAAUGAUCUUGCAAAAUCAAGCAAAGAGAAACGUAAUUGGCCGAGAGGCCGACAUUGUUUGGUGUAUAGCAAAUAUGAAAGUUCCUCUCUGCCUGCGUCUUUUCAGAAGAACUUUGAAUGGUAUCGCGGCAUUGUUACUGCUACAACUCGAGAUCUUAACACUGAACCAACAUAUUCAGUUUUCUUGCGUGACAUUGGUGCUACUAUUCGCUCAAUUUCCGCAGAUCAAAUAUUCCCGAUUGACUCCCAGUUAGAUCGUGUGGCUAAUGCUGUUUAUUGUUGUCAUUUGGCAGGCAUCAGACCCGCCGGUGGUGUCAAAUCGUGGUCCCAAUCAUCCAUCGAAUUUUUCACAUAUUUAAUCAAGACAUUUGAGUCGCUUUCAGUCUCGUUGAGAGGCAAACGGUUGAAUGGUAUGCCAUCCCUUCCAGUGGUCUUAUGGGGUUCAACAACAAAGACAGCCGAUCCUCUGGCUCCCAGCAUAAUGAAAUUUACGAAUUUCAGCCGCGUUUUAGUAGAUCGUGGUUUAGCAUUUAACGCUGAAACGAUAGAUAUGUCGGAAGAGUUUCAAAGAAUCGAAGAACUGGAGCUUAAAGAAGGCGAAAUAACAUUAAACCAAUGGUUUAAAACAUUUGAUGAUGAUACAUUGCUUAACGCCAUAACGCUAAGAGAUCAGCAUCCGUUCACUUUUUCGGAAGAUUUUAGCACAACUACUGAUGGAGGAAAUGUAAUCGUCGAUUCGGAUUUGUCCGAUAAUCAUCCACUAAGUGUUUAUAUUAGCGAAUUUGAAUUAGUUCCUACUACAGGGCUAACCAAUGUGCAAAUUGCAUGGUCAACGUCUAAAGAUAUAAAUAAAACAAUAUUUACUGGGUACGCUACCUACGUUGAUUAUGGUUGCAUUAUAUACCUGCAUGAGGCUGACGAUAAACCUUUCUUGGAUAGAAUAAAGGAAAUAGUUUCGGAGAAAUGUGAACAUCUUGCAGAAACAACGGAGGACUAUGAAUACCUUCCAAAUCAACCCUGCAUUGCCAGAUAUCACCUCGAUUCGAAAUAUUAUCGGGCAGUUAUACAUGAGCAGAAAAAGAAUGACAAAGGUGAAUGGACGGUUCGCUUUGUUGACUACGGAAAUAUUGAAACCGUGGAGCCGGAGAAUUUACGUCCAUAUGCCCCAUUUCCAAAUCUGCCAUCGAUAGUGAACAAGUACACUUUAAGUGGCAUUAGACCAAGAAAUAAUUUUGGCGAAUUUACAAUUGAAGAUCUGGAUCAGAUGCAUCGUACCAUUGUAGGAAAAUUCGUUUCAGUUCGUCUUCCCGUUACUGAAUUAAGCAGUCCAAUUAAGAAAUGCACUAUGCGAUUAGGUACAAUUGAUGUGGCUUCGGCUUUUAUUGAAAAGGGAAUGGCUGCGAGAGAAGAAGUAUCAACAUAUUUUUCAGCAUCAAAUCAAUUGCCAAUAAUUUCAUUUUCGGUACCCAAAAAGUUACUUAAAACUAGAAACCCGUUGACCUAUGAUGAUCCUACUGAACCUGAUAAGGAUUAUGAGGUGUUUGAUCAUAAUGUUGGUACAUGUAGCAUAAAAACCGAAAGCGUUACUUCGAGAAAAGUUGAUGAGGAUUGGCCCAUAUUUGUUGAAGAGAAAUUAGAUCUAUUGCAAGAGCAUCAUACUAAACUUACCUGCGUACAAUCAAAUAUAGUAACAACGACUAAUUCAAAUAUCAAAAGCUAUCGAAAUUCUAUAACUCCACCAAUAAAACGACGUAUGUUCGAUAAUAGCGAUUAUACACAAAUGAUGAAAGAAGGUAUGAUGGCGUUCGAUAUAGAUGACUUAAAUAAUACCGGCGAUGAUCAAAAUGAUAAUAAAGCAUUCUUCAUCGAUGAAGAUAAUAAUGACGACAUUGUUGAAAUGAGUCACAGCUUUGCCAUGGACUACUGGCAUUCUGCCGUUGACGACAUGAACGAAGACGGAGAUAGGGAAAUUUGCCAACAAUUGGAAAGGAGAAUUUCUUUCGAAGAGGACGAGGACAUAGAAUCUGACUUUGAAGAAUUCCACCCUAAUGAAACAUCUACAGUUUUUUCCCAUGUAAGCGAUAUGGAAACUUUUGGAGCAUCGGAAAUUUCACUCCACAAUUCGAAUUUCAAAUGUAGAGUUGUUAAAAUAGUAUCAACCACAGUAUUGCUCAUACUCCCAACACAAAGAAGCUUAAGGCAACGUCAUAUUCAAAUACAGAAGGAUAUUAAAGAAGCUGUUAGAGUCGCUGCUCCACUUACCCGCUUUGAGACCCGAACUAUUUGCUUGGCCUGUUACUCAAAAGAUAAAGAAUGGUAUCGGGCAGUGAUUCGUUGCUACAAUCAAAUUGCAAAAUCCGUUGAAGUCUUUUAUAUAGACUAUCAAAAUAGCGAAACGCUGCCUCUAAAAUAUGUUAAGGUAUGUCCAGUACACAUUGCUAACUAUCCCCCAAGCACAUUACGCGUUCGACUUCACGGUAUAUGUCCAAAUCCCCAAAUCAGGGAACUGGAAAUACGGCGAGCUCUACACGAUCUUGUAAUUAAGCGAAAUCUUUUCGGUAUUGUAAAAAGGAAUUCUUCCGCACGAGCGGAUAGUUGCUCUAUUAGUAGCUUGAUGGAGAUAUGUUUAUAUAAAUCGCCCCAUUUUGCAGCGAAAGGUAUUGUUAUCUACGAACAUCUGAUUGAAAAAGGCUACUACAGACGUAUCUAGUUCUAGUUAGAUAUGUCAGUGAAAUGCUUUAAAUCUUUUAGCAUUUGAUACAUGGACACUUCUAUGAAAAAAAAUAAAGUAUAGACUACUUUAAAAUUAA